AUGUGUCGACGCAGAUUGGCUCGCAUUCCUGGUCAGGCGAGUGCCACUGACGGUUGUCGGGCGCCCUGCUGCAGCACCGAGAGCAGCGCCACGCGUCCUGAGCCCGGAUGCCACCUACAAAAGCCUGGAGGUGCUCCUGGAGCCGCUCAACCCGCGUCGCGCUGGGCAAAGGUGCCCGUCUGUCGCGCCCUGGUGGAGAUUCACGUGUCGUGGAGCCCUUGCGGAGGCAGAUGGCAGAAGCAGACUCCACCGCGGCGCCAGCCCGACAGCGCAUGCUCAGUGCUCUGCCCGAGGCUGCCAAGCGCGUGGUGGAGCGGUGAAGCGUCCCAGGACGUCGCCAGCUUCAUUCGCUCCCUCGCAGCCCAAUCGAGCUAUCCGCCACCCAAUCCACCGUUCCCAGGCCCAAUCGCUGGCCGCGACACGCAGCGGCGCCGCCCACGAUGUCGAGCGUCGGUUAAUUCUGCGCUGCUCUCCCACUGCCCCCUCCAUCUCCUCGCCCUCUGGAAAUGUCAUCUUUGCUUUUCGCGUCUUCUGUUUGGGCCUCCUGCGCCUGUACUGCUCCCUACUUCUGCAGCGAUGCAGCACUCCUCUAACUCACCCUGGCGCUUGCCGCUGCCACAAAACUCGGCUCCCCAGAAGCACGCUUUCUCCCUUCAGCAUACCGUAUCCAUGGUGAACUUACAUGAAGAGCCCGACUGGCAGUUCCCGCGCUCGCCGCCGUCGCCAUCUGCAUCUACGACGUCUUCGACGACCAGUCGUAGUUCCACGCCCACCAACUCCAACAAUCCGUACACCAACAUGGCGAACUCGUCCACCUUGUCGUUGAGCAACAGAACUUCGCCAAACGGAAGCCCUCAAUCCAGAACGCCGCAGUAUACUAGUCGAUCAGCUACUCCCGUUGCCCCACAGCCAGUCCGGCCUAUUGUGGUGAGCACGAGCCUCACCCCCACGAGUCCUGCUACCUCUUCUGCUGGCGAGUCGUUGAGAGGAAACGACUUUCCUCUAUCACCGGCGCCAAAAUACCCCCAGUCACCUACUCCUAAUCCCUACCGGACCAACGGUGCUGUAGCUCCACCUCCUCUACCUACUGCGUUUGUGACUCCAACCCUCCUAACCCAAUACGGACGGAUGUAUCCCGAUCUUCUGCGCCGACAAGGCUGGGAGCGCUCUACAGCACAAAGAACCUACACCUGGGCUCUGUCAAACCCUCGGACUGCACUCUUGUUCUUUCUUUGUGACGAUGUAGAUUCAUGGCGUAAAGCUGUAAUCUACUGUCUGGAAGACGAGAAGAUGCCCUUCUCCGAGGACGACCUUCAAGGGAUUGCGGCGAAUCCAAAGAAGGCCGUGGAAAUCCAGUGGCGAGUUACUGCGAAGGAACUGCCCCAAAAUGGGGGGCAUGUGGAAUUCCAAGCACGCGAAACGGUACCACUCCAGCAACUGAAUUUGCUCCGCUCAACAGCCGAGAAGAAUGUCGACAAAGUGGCAUGGCUUGGCGAUUCUGACGACCGCAUUCUCGUCCGCAAGCGCUUCAUCUAUACCCGACCCAGCCAAAAAUCGUCGCUCCUAACUCAGAUCGCCGACUUCAAACGACUCGACCACAGGAACAUCGCCCAUGUAGUAUGCUCAUAUGCCCAAGGCAACGUCAUCGGUAUCGUGACCAACUCGGCGCAGUACAGUCUGGACGACUAUCUACAGUUUCCUCUGGACGCCCAUCGCGCGAAGCAACUGCUGGACUGGACCAACGACCUCUGCCAGGCGGUCGACUACCUGCAUGGACAGCAGAUCUCACACAGGACCAUCCGCCCAAGGAAGAUACUGAUCGACGGCUCGCGCAUUUACCUCGCAGCUUUCGGCAUAUCCAGCACAUCGUCUCACCACGACGAGGGCAGUCCGCACGCCCGUGACCCCUUAUCCACAUCCCCACCAUCACACAGCAAGCGCGCUGACCCGUCAUACUUCACAGACCAGUCUUACAUCUAUGCCGCUCCGGAAAGCAUCACGCCGCGUGCGAAGAAACCCGGUCGUCCCGCCGACGUCUUCGCACUAGGCUGCAUCUUCCUCGCCAUCAUGACUGUGCUGAAAAGUCAGUCACUGACGUCGUUCUCUGCAUACCGUGCUGGCGGCACCCACGACGCUUCCUUCCACGCGAAUGCUGACCGUGUCGCCAACUGGCGCAUGCGGCUGCAGACGAUGGGAGGAGGCGGGUGGGCUGGUGCGCAGAGAGAGCGGCGCGAGCAGGCGCUGAAGCUGGAGCUGAGCGUGCUGGGGUGUAUAGAGGCUAUGGUGAGAGAAGACCCGGGGAAGCGGGUGAAGAUGCGGAAGUUGGCGCCGUACAUGGCGCGCCUGUGUGAAGUCAAGGGUGCUGGUGGCAGGAGAAGGAGCUUUGACGGGCUGGGGAUCAACGGACCUAACGGGAUCCAGGGCCUGAAUGGGAUUUUGAACGGGGCAGGCCCAGAUGGGUAUUAUUCGCAGCGGAGGUACGAGGACUGGGGCAGGUAA